AUCAGUACACGCGGGGGAAAGCAGGGCUAUUUGCCACAGUGGUCAAAAGUCAGAAGCUGUGAUUGACGGUGACUUCUCAGACGAAGAGGAGGAGGAAGAGGAGGAAGGUCUGCUCCUCCAGUUGCAGCGUCUCUCUAUCUGCGACACUUCACUAUGGCUUUAGGCGCAAGCAGGACGCUCUUUGCGCUCUUUGUGACUCUCUGCGCACCUGGACCCGGAUGGACAGCAGAGAAGCCUCCGCGACCACACAGUGGCAGACAGACAGCUGUGGACAAGAACCUGAGGGAGAGAUGGGAACCUUCUAUCCAUCUGGAUGGACGACCUGUGGACCGUUUUGUCAUCAGCACCAACAAACCUCUGAGGACUCAUCGCUUCAGUAAAAUGGGCACAGACAGCAAGCCUCACCAUGUGGAGGAUGUCGACCCCGAAUGGGUUAACCUGGAUGGCUUCGCCGUGCUGGGAGGUGCACCUGUCAGAAACUCAUCAGCAGGUCCAUUCAGGUCGGCCAACGCGCGACGGUCUGUGGUCCGAGCAGCCAGAGUGGACAGGAACACCCACCCAUCGAGCUCCAGCAGCAGGAUACAGAGGAGGGCUCCCCAGUCCUCGCUGGGCCCCGGACAGCCAAAGAGACUGUUGUCAAGAGCCCGUCUGCUGGAGAGGAGACGCCAGCAUGCCAUCCAGCCUCAGGCUGACCAGAGGAACCGGCAGAAAUUAACAUCUGAGUCCGUUCAUGUGGUGUCACUGCAGGCACAGAAAGCUCCGAGCCAAAGCGUCCCCGCUAACAGAGCAUCUGCAGCCAAAGCCACCACCCCAGAACCUCCCGACUACGUGGCCCGGGACAUCAGUGUCAGGGUCAUGUCGGCUCAGUCCGUCCUCAUCUCCUGGAUCGAUCCGGCCGUCGAAAUGGGGAAGAUUGAUCCAUACGAAACCAGGUCCUACACAGUGAGGUUCAGAGAAAAGGGGGAGUCCGCUCGCUGGGAGUACAAGGAGAGCAUGCAGAAGAGAAUGUUGAUUGACAACCUGGCCGCAGACGGCAUGUAUGAGUUCGCCGUCCGGAUCUCUCAGGGGGAAAAUGAGGGGAAGUGGAGCGUAUCUGUCUUCCAGAGGACCCCCGAGUCAGCACCAUCUGGACCACCAGAGAACUUUGAGGUCAAGCCACUGCGGGGAAAAGGGACGGCAGUGACUGCUACAUGGGAUCCACCUGAAGAACCGAACGGCAGAAUCCGAGAGUACAUCCUGUCUUACGCUCCUGCCUUGAAGCCGUUCGGAAUGAAAAGUGUGACGUAUCGUGGCAGCACAACAUCAGCUACCAUCGAGGGUUUAAUCCCUGGAGACCGGUACAUCUUUAAGAUCAGAGCGACUAACAGAAGAGGACAAGGCCCUCAAAGCAAGGCCUUGACUGUUGUCAUGCCGGGAUCUAGCAGAAGUGCUCCAUCCACUUCAGUAUCAAAAGACACCAGAAGGACAGACCUUGCCCAUAACAACUCGCCCGAUGAAGAGGAGACUGAUCCUGUCCUCAGGUCAACAAAGACACCCGAAGAACCAACAACUACGCCUCAAUCUCCUGCCAAGACCUCUUCGAAUAGACAUGAGCGAAUACUGCCUCACACAAGUGCCUAUCAUAGUGUCUUCUCCUUAGAGAGAGUCCGGAAUGGAGCAAACCGGGAUUCAUCAAGAAGGACAGCACAAGAUAGAAAAAAUGAGGAAGAGGAAGAAAAGGAAGAGGAACAGCUAGAGGAGGUUGUGCACACGACUCAAACGACAGUAAAAGAGACACCCAAAGCGGUUGCCCAGGAUCCAAGAAAACAAGGAAAUGAAGUGUCUGCUGAGCCUGAGGAGGAGAUGGACAGUGGGGAAGGGAAUGUUUUGGAAACCCACGAGACACCUAGCCUGAAAUACGUCACACCUCCCACCAAAACCCUGUCUGUUUCUCAAAAUAAACGGAGGCCUGUUAAGAUCAGGGUCCAUCAAAGACCGGGAGGUCAUUCCACCACAACCGUCACCUUGUUGUCCCCUGUUUCCACAACACCAUUACCGUCUCGGAAAGAUACCACUUUGAAAAAUGACAGAAACAUUUAUACAAACCCCAGUGUUACAGCAACAAGAAAGCCAAGUGCAAAGGAAUCCCAGAAUCAAAGAGGGAAUAUGCAAGUUGGCAAGGCAGCUGGCGGACGCACCGGCGGUUCAUCUUUCAGCUCUCGUUAUGGACUUGGCCGCAGGCAGAUCCCACUUCUCAGAGGAAAUGCAACUCGGGUUCUAAAUGGCUACAAACCAAGUUCUAGCAUGCCAUCGACCAAUUCAGCGCUGAAUUUACCCAGCAGAACAUCACACAAUCCAAACACUGCAACAUCCCAGUCCACAUUACCAGACUCAAAGACCCAGGAAAGAACAAACAAUGUCAACACUGAAACAAUGGAGGAUCCAAAAAUGACAAAUACUGUUUAUCCUGCCGCAUCAAAAACCGAUUCAGAGGAUACGCUUCCAAGCAAAACAUCAUCAGACAGAUACGAUGCAGUAGGUUCAACAUCAGAGCCAUCUGGUUCCACAAAUACUCAUAAACAUGUGAGACCCAACAACCCUUCCACAUCACGCAGUGAAUCACCGUCAGUGGGAGUUUCUCAAAGUUCUCUCAAGAAUGUUAACCCAUCACCAACAAGUAGUGGAACACAUGUGGCAGGAAAGGAUGAAGACAGAAAUGUUGACAGCGGAGACAGGGAGAAGUUAGAGACCGCAUCAAAUCAUGAAGAAAAGGUGAAAGAAGAGGACAAAAAAGAUCAAGCAAGAGUAAGCAGCAGGAACACAAAGCCAGUGAUUACUCGGACUCGGAAUCCCACUUUUGCUGAAAGGUUUUUAUACCCCAGCAGGACUGGCUCAAGAGUUGUAACUGCCAGGAACGGAGCAAGGUUGCCUUGGAGCCGGUCUUCUACGCCCUCUGCGGCUGGCAGGUCCACGAGCAGGGGAACCUCGACGAGGGUCUCCGGGGCAACUGGCGCAGCUGGUGUAUCCUCAAUACAGGAGACAAGCGAAGACUCAAGAACUUCUUCCUCCUCACUGAAGAAUGAGGUUGGAACCAACUCAUACAAGCCUUCAUUGGAGAGUGGAAAUGAUGACAAUAGAAGUCCAACCACAACCUUGUCCACAGCAUUAUCUACAGAAGCCAAUUCAAAUAAGCAUCAAGACUCAAAUGAGAAUGAUGCAGAAGAAACCUCGAAGAGUAGCAAUGAUCAUAAUCAGGAGUACCUUGACGCUGGGAACAGAGAACCUCAACAAGUAAAGGAGAAGGAACCAGCAGUUAUGGAAAAGAGUCCAACUUCGGCUCCACAGCAAACCUUGAGGGACAAUGAGAGCUCGAACAUCAAGGAAACCCAAUCACGGAUAAGACCUGGCUCAGCAGCUGUAGUUCCAUCAAAUAGACGUCCCACUUUCGGAAGGGCUCGCAAUCCUUUAUUGUUCAACAGACAGUCAGGUGGAUCCAAGCUGACCAGACCACAGACUAACUCUAGAAGUCCUGAUGCUUCUUCAUCUUUACCUGGUUCCUCUUCGUCCUCCAAUGAGCCGCAGUCGGUUCUCACCCCAGAUAGCUCGACUGGCAGUAUGGCAAAGACAGAGAGCACGUCAGAAGACAAGGCCGCAUCAGCACCAUCAGUGAGGGACAGCUCACGAGGACAGGGUGGCAGAUCCCGCUACCCCAUCAUGAGGAAGCCAAUGAAUGGAGGAGGGACCAAACCAGGAGUUGGAAAUGGCAAAAAUGGACGACCAAAUCUGACAGAAGCUGACAAAGAUGCCUCCUCCUCUCGUGGUACAAGCAAAGCAACCGGACAGAGAUUAAUCACCGGGCCAGAUGGAAACAAAUGGAUUGUGGACUUGGAGCAUGGAGUUCUCAUGAAUCAGGAUGGAAGAAUUCUUCAGGACUCUCAGGGCAAACCCAAAAGAGUAGUGCUUGGCGAGGAUGGACGCACUAUUUUUGACCACAUGGGCAGUCCGUUACUAAACCACGAAGGCAUGGCGCUGUUUGGCCACGGAAGGGACAGUCGACCCGUAGUCAACCCCAAAGACAAAGUCCUAAUGGUUGGUGGCAAGCCCUUACUUGGAUUGGACUUGCCCCAACACAGGACCGCUAAAACCACCACCACGACAACCACCACCACCACAUUAGCUACAACUACCACACCUGAACCCACUACCGCUGAAUGGACCACCGAGGAAUACACAUCCCCACCGUACUCAUCGUGUCCACCUGGAACUAUCCCCAGAACAGAUGAUGCUGGUAAUCCAAUUCUGGAACCAGGGGGCGGUUUGGACUGUUUGCCAGAAGAGGAAUCCUCUGGAAUGGAAGUGGACAACAUGGUGCCUGAUGCAUUAGAUCUUGAGAAAGACGAGGUUUUCACAAGCGUCCCACCUACCACUACAACCACUGUGACCCCUGUGAUUGGCAGCAGACCUCACAACAGAGGACCCUUGAAUGCGUUUGAUCUCAGCGGGAAAAAGCGAUUCACAGCGCCGUAUGUAAACUACAUCCAAAAAGAUCCCGGGGCUCCCUGUUCCUUGAAUGAGGCUCUGGAUUACCUCCAAGUGGACAUCAUCGAGGAGCUGAUGGAAAAGGACAAGUUGACCAAUCAGAACCAACCUCCCAAACACAAGCCUCACAACCUCACUGUGGUCGCCAUGGAAGGGUGCCACUCGUUCAUCAUCCUGGACUGGGCCCAACCUCUGAAGGGUGACAUGGUGUCAGGCUACAUGGUUCACAGCGCUUCCUACGAUGAUGUUCUCAACAAUAGAUGGUCGUCCAGCACCUCCAGCGGGACACAUCUGGCGGUGGAGAAUCUGAAACCCAAUUCCAGGUACUACUUCAAGGUCCAGGCCCGGAAUGUGUUCGGUCUGGGGCCGUUCAGUGAUACGCUCACCUACGUGACUGAGUCAGACGAUCCACUGCUCAUUGAAAGGCCACCUGGUGGAGAGCCAAUAUGGAUCCCAUUCACUUUCAAGUACAAUCAGGCCCACAGCGCCUGCAAAGGAAGUCAGUUUGUGAAGCGGACUUGGUACAGGAAGUUUGUGGGCGUGGUGUUGUGUAACUCCCUACGAUACAAGAUCUUCAUGGGCAACGGUCUGAGAGAGCCCUUCUACAGUAUAGGAGACACUUUUGGAGAGGGAGAGGACCACUGCCAGUUUGUGGACUCUUACAGAGACGGAAGAACAGGCCCGUCCUACAUGUCCAAUUAUCUGCCAUCAGCAAACGGUUUCUAUCGUGCCUUCCGUCAGGAGCCGGUCACAUUUGGGGUCAUUGGACGACGCACCGCCCAUCCAUUCGUGGGCUGGUAUGAAUGCGGCGUGCCCAUUCCCGGAAAAUGGUAACACAGGACGGACAUUUCUUUGUUACCUUGGCAACCCAUCUGCACCCUGCGGCAGGUUCGCACCUUCACUUGUCCUGCUCAAAGAAACUAACUCUGACCUGCCAGAAGAAGAUCACGUUCUUCUCAGAAAGAGGAUAUAGUACUUCGCUGUGCACUUUUUAUAUAAAGCAGUUUGUAUAUGUAUAUGAGGGAAAAAGACGCAUGUGUGCUGUGCUCCUGUAGGUUAGCUCUAUCCGAACUGUCUUCACUCAGAUAUCACCGUGUCUUAUUUAUCAAAUUCACUUACCAGCAGUGACAUUGGACCAAACACCGGGCGAUUAACAAACUUCACUAGUGGCACUUAAAGUGUGUGUAUAGGUCUGUUAAGAUUUUUGUAUCAUUUUGUAAUAGAUUUUAACCGCUGCUUUUGUGUAUUUGCUUUGUCCUCAUGUAUUUUUUUUUUUACACAAUUUUGGAAUUCAACAGUUACUAUUUUUUGUAUGCAAAGAAUAAAGUGUCAAAUAUUUG